AUGGCACCAAAAGUCUUCCUCAUCACAGGCACCUCCACCGGCUUCGGCGAGGAGCUCGUCAAGGUCGUGCUGCAGAAGGGCGACUACGUUGUCGCAACCGCACGAAACAGCUCUAAAUUAUCCUUUCCUGAUGCCAACGAUUCCAACAGCCUACUGGUCGACCUUGACGUUACUAAGAAGGACUCGAUUCACAAGGCUUUUGACGCUGCGGUGAAGAAGUUCAAGCGUGUCGAUGUGGUUGUUAAUAACGCGGGGUAUGGACUCAGUGGUCCCUUUGAGACACUUUCCGAACAGCAGAUCCGGCAACAAAUGGAGAUUAAUUUCUUUGGGCUGUUGGAUGUGACGAGGAAAGCGAUGGAGACGAUGCGAGAUCUUAAGACUGGGGGGGUUAUUCAGCAGGUCACUUCGAUUGGGGGGCAGGUUGGUGUACCGACAUUCAGCAUCUACUGUGCCAGCAAAUGGGCUGUGGAGGGCUUCACCGAGGCGAUAUCAAAGGAGGUCAAGCCGGAAUGGGGCAUCAAGUUCACGUGCAUCGAGCCUGGCGGGUUCAGGACCGAUUGGGCGGGUCGGUCUAUGGACUUUGGCGAGAUCGAUCACAAGGCAUACGACCAUCUGAACGCCAGAAAGACUAUGGGAGAGCGACAUGGUACUCAGGCUGGUGAUCCCGCCAAGGCCGCAAAGGUGUUCUAUGACCUGGCGGUCAUGGACGAUCCGCCGAUGCGGUGUAUCGUGGGCACAGAUGCCUACAAGCGCAUCAAUGAUAAGCUUGACGGGUAUCGAGAGAACGUGAAGAAGUUUGAGGGAUGGAGUAAUAGUACAGAUGUCGAGGGCUACAAAGCACCAAGUUGA